AUGGCAUAUGUUAAAUUUCUGAACACUGAUGGAAAGAAGAGUGCCUGUGGAGGCUUCCUGGUUCAAGACAACUUCGUGCUAACAGCUGCUCACUGCAACGGAAGCUCUCUCCACAGCUCAAUGAUAGUCAAGCUGGGAGCCCACAACCUUGCAGUUCAGGAAAAGACACUGCAGAUCAUCCCUGUGGCAAAAGCUAUUCCCCACCCAGCAUAUAAUCACAUGGACCAUACCAAUGACAUCAUGCUAUUAAAGCUGGAGAGUAAGGCCAAGAGAACUAAAGCUGUGAGGCCCAUCAAGUUGCCCAGGCACCAUGCCCAGGUAAAGCCAGGACAAGAGUGUCAUUUUGCUGGUUGGGGGAACAUAUCCAUCAAUGCCACUAAAGGAUCUGCCCGCCUACAAGAGGCUGAACUGAUCAUCCAGGAGGAUGAGGAAUGCAAAAAACGCUUCCGUCACUAUUUUAACACUAUAGAGAUUUGUGCUGGAAACCUAAAGAAAAUGCAGGCUGCAUUCAAGGGUGACUCUGGGGGACCCCUCGUGUAUGACAACAAAGCUUAUGGAGUUUUGUCUUAUGUCAAAGAAAAUAGGAUCUCUCCAGGAAUCUUCUCAAGGUUGUACACUUCCUGCCAUGGAUAAGCAGAAACAUGAAGCUCCUCUAACAAGUGUUAAACCACCUGUGCCCGACCAGCCUGUCUGAACUCAGGCAAGAACCACGUGGAGUGGGCAACAAAGGCUGAAAAUUCAUAAUAAAUAACCUCCAGAGUG